AUGUCCACCUCCGCCAGACGCCGCUUGAUGCGGGACUUCAAGCGCAUGCAAACUGAUCCUCCUGCCGGUGUCUCCGCCUCUCCCAUCGCGGACAACGUCAUGACAUGGAACGCCGUGAUAAUUGGUCCCGCAGAUACACCGUUCGAAGACGGCACCUUCCGCCUCGUCAUGCAAUUCGAAGAAGCCUACCCGAAUAAACCGCCUGGAGUGAAAUUCGUGUCGGAAAUGUUCCACCCAAACGUCUACGGUACCGGCGAGCUGUGCUUGGACAUCCUGCAAAACCGAUGGUCUCCGACAUACGACGUGGCCGCGAUCUUGACGAGCAUCCAGUCCUUGCUGAACGAUCCCAACACGAGCUCGCCGGCGAAUGUCGAAGCGAGUAAUCUGUACAAGGAUAAUCGGAAGGAGUAUACCAAGAGAGUGAGGGAGACGGUGGAAAAGAGCUGGGAGGAUUGA